GCCGCGAAUUGGAUUCGGCGCACCAAAAUGUAUCAGCUGUUGCUCUUCAUUGUGGUGGUGCUGCUCACCAAGCUUGUGUUGGACAAGGGAUAUCAUAAUCAGAACUACUUCAAAGACCGAGGCGUUAAAUUCCUUGCGCCAACAUUUAUGGUCGGCUGUUCAGGAAAUUUAUUCACACGAAAACUCACAUUGCUGGAGUUGUUAAAAGAAGUGUACUCAGCUUUUCCCCAAGAGAAAUUCUUUGGCUCAUUUGAGUUCAGAACUCCUGUUGUUGUGCUGAGAGAUCCGGAGCUGAUAAAGUAUCUCGCUGUUAAGGAGUUUGACAACUUCAGCGAUCGUCGCGAUGUUUUCACCGCUGACACUAACUCGAUAUUGAGCAAAACACUGUUUUUGCUCAAAGGGAAUUACUGGAGAGCCAUGAGAGCCACUCUGAGUCCAGCGUUCACUGGAAGCAAGAUGCGAUUGAUGUUCGAACUCAUUUCUGAGUGUUCGAAUCAAAUGGUUGCGUUUGUCAACAAGGAGACGAAGGAAAAGGGAAUUCAGACGUACGAAAUGAAGGACUUUUGCUCUCGCAUGUCAAACGACAUUAUUGCAACGUGUGCUUUUGGCAUUCAAGUCAAUUCGCUGGAACAUCGCAAGAACAAAUUUUUUGAGUACGGCAGUAGUAUAACAAACAUGCAGAAUCCUCUUCGUAUGAUAAGGAUGAUUAUAUGCAUGUUUUUCCCGAAAUUAGCAAAUCUACUGAGAUUGGAAAUAUUUCCAGAUGGUUUGAUAAGAUAUUUCAAGACAACUAUAAUUGGUGCUAUGGAUUAUCGUGAGAAGAACAACAUAAUUCGUCCUGACAUGAUUCAUUUGCUGAUGGAAGCCAAGAAAGGAAGAUUAACGCAUCAGACUUCGGAUAAAGAAAUUGAUUCUGCCGGAUUCGCAACUGUCGAAGAGUCCCAGAUCGGAAAGCAAGAAGGAAAGAAAGAUCUUUCAGAUGAUGAUAUUUUGGCGCAGUGUUUCUUAUUCUUUAUUGCUGGAUUUGAACCAGUUUCAACGGCGCUUUCGUUUUUGAGCUACGAAAUGGCUGUAAAUCCGGAAAUUCAGGAAAAACUCUAUAAAGAAAUUCGGGAAACUGAUGAAGAAUUGAGAUUCAAAUCGCUGAAUUACGAUGUAAUCCAGAAGAUGAAGUAUCUGGACAUGGUUGUCUCUGAACACCUGAGAAUGUGGCCGCCCGUGCUCUUUUUGGAAAGAAUUUGCACUAAAGCUUUCACUCUCGAUGAUGGAAAUGGAUUAAACUACAAAUUCUCUGUCGACGAUAAAUUCGUCAUUCCAACGCAUGCAAUUCAACAUGAUGCGAAAUACUUUCCAGAUCCAGAGAAAUUCGACCCUGAAAGAUUCAGCGACGAGAACAAGGGCAAAAUCAUUCCAGGGACUUAUUUACCAUUCGGAAUUGGGCCAAGGAACUGCAUUGGCUCUCGCUUUGGUCUGAUGGAAGUUAAAGCUAUUUUGUACUACUUAAUUCUCAAUUUCAAGAUAGAACCCACCGAAAAGACGCAGAUUCCUUUGAAAAUCUCCAAAAAUAUCACUUUCUCAUCUGAGAAGGGUAUUCGUGUUCAAUUAACCCCUAGAUUAGCACCAUAAAAGUUAAAAUGACAGUACAAAUAAAGUGUGUGCAAUCGACGUGAAAGAAUUCAAGAUCUAUAAAUAAAGCUUAUAAGUCCGUAUUGUCUCUGCAAA